GUUAAAUUUAACACCGCUAGGUUUUUUUUUUUUAUUUGGGUGUAGAAGUGGGUCCAAAAGCCGAGGGUCUUGUCUCUCUGAUCUACAACUCCUCGGUCGGUUCCUUGAUUCCUCCUCUGCUGUUCUGUUAGUUGUCCGAACCAUGAGUUCCUCGGUCCAGAUCGUUGAUGACAAACAAGUUGAAAGUUUGUCUCUUGGAGAUCAGGAUGGAAAGAAGGCUGAGAUAGUGAGCAAUGAGCUGAGUUUCGGGAACCAUGGCGGGUGCUGUGCUAUAUGCUUGGAUACUAUACCUCUUCAAGAAACUGCUAUGGUUAAAGGCUGUGAACAUGCUUACUGUGUGACGUGCAUCCUCCGCUGGGCUAGUUACAAAGAGAUACACACCUGCCCACAGUGUAAGCAUCCAUUUGAUUUUCUCAAUGUCCACCGCGCUCUUGACGGCAGCGUGGAAGAUUUCAUGUUCGAGGAGAGUGUAUGCCUCCUCCUGAGAGCAUCCUGGUUUAAGCCACUUGAAGCAGUGGAGCGUGUCUCAUAUCAUGACAUUGACAAUAAUGAUUUCGACAUUCCACCUGAGUACGUGGAGGAGGAGGAGGAGGAGGAGGUGGAAGAUGAUGAUGAUGACCUUGACGAGUUUUUGCACGGCUCAAGUCUUCGUUUAGGAAACAGGAGGUGGGGUGACAAUGGUUUUGUCAGAUCAGGCCGCCAAGAAGCAAGACCGGCCCAGCAUAAUAAGCACCGAGGUGGUGGUGGUGGCCAAGCUUCGGCCGCCUCUGAAUCCAGCUCUUCUUCCUCGCGUGAGCCAAAGGAGAAGACUAGUAGCAGUGCCGCUGCAACAGGGAGGCGUGCGAAGAGGGCAAUGAAGCGUGAAGCUGCAAACAAAGGCGAAGCAGUUGCAGCUGCAAAGCAUGAGGCUCUUUUGGUUAGGUUGGGAAGAAAGUGAGCGAGUGUUGUUCUAUCUCUGUAAUUAAAACCUACCAACCCCCAAAAUCAACUGUCUUACAUACUUGAGAAAUCUGUAUAGCUAAUAAUGGUUGAACAACAAAACUUUAUUAGUUUAUCAAAUUUUACCAACUUUCUUGACCA